AUGGCCGUACCACAAUCUGAGCCCGUGCAGGGCGUAGGAUCUCCCAUGCCAGGUCACACCAUGGAUCCCAUCGACGAGAAAUUCCAGAGCCAGCAUACGGAGUAUGAGAAGGUCGAGGUCAAAGGUGAUUACUCUGGGGCCGUGGCCAAGACGAGCCCCGAGGAGAAGAAGCUCGUCAGGAAGCUGGAUAUCUGGAUCAUGCCCAUGCUUUGGUUGAUGUACUGGCUCAACUACCUGGACCGCAACGCCAUUACCCUCGCUCGCCUCAAUGGUUUCCAAGACGACCUUGGACUCACCAGCAACCAAUACAGCACUGCUAUCUCUAUUCUUUUCGUCGGGUAUAUCCUAGGUCAGAUACCGAGUAACAUGAUCAUCACUCGAGUAAAACCUUCGUGGUACAUGGGAAUUUGUAUGAUGGGAUGGGCGAUUGUAAGCGGGCUUACAGCUAUCGUACACAACUACACAGGCAUCGUACUUGUGCGCUUUUUCCUAGGUGUAGUCGAGGCACCAUACUACCCAGGAGCGUUGUAUCUCUUGAGUAUCUUCUACACGAGGAAGGAGAUUGCGACACGCAUCAGCAUUCUCUACUCUGGCAACAUCCUCGCGUCGUCAUUCGCUGGACUCAUUGCGCUUGGCGUCUUCAAACUCGAUGGUGUCCGUGGUAUCAGCGGAUGGCGUUGGUUGUUCAUAAUACAGGGUGUCGUCACCUUCAUCAUUGCCGUAAUAGCUUGCUUUACCCUCCCUGACGAGCCUUUAACCACAUGGUGGCUCAACCCCGAAGAACGCCAACUUGCGCACGCUCGGGUCGCGAGAGACACGGUCGGCCACUCCGCCGACGUCUCCAUGCUCGCAGGCCUCAAGGAAGCUAUCCGCGACCCCAAAGUUUGGGUGUUCGUCUACAUGCAACACCUGCACAUUGCUACCAAUGGGUUCAAGAACUUCAUGCCAACGAUCGUCAACACACUCGGCUUCUCUCAAGAAGUCACACUCGUAUUGACAUGCCCACCUUACUUAAUUGCGGGCGCAUUCUCCGUCGCAUGGGCCAUAUCGUCCGGCCAUUUCAACGAACGCACCUGGCACAUUACCAUUGCCAAAGGCGUGGCUGUCUUUGGCUUCGUGCUCGGCUGCGCGACCAUGAACGUGGGCGCGAGGUACUUCGCCAUGUGCGUCUUUACCAUCGGCACGUAUGGCGUCAAUAGCAUUAUCCUCGGAUGGGUGUCCUCAACCUGUGGACAAACGAGAGAGAAGAAAUCUGCGGCGCUGGCUAUUGCCAACGUCGCAGCUACACUCAGCUUGAUCUGGACUCCCUACAUCUGGCCAGAGUGGUCGGAGCCGCGGUUCGUCCUCCCCUUGGCUAUGAGUGCUGGUAUGGCACUCAUGUGUGCGGCUGGCGCAUGGUUCAUGCGCUGGUGGUUGGUGCGGGAGAACAGGAGGAUUAAGAGCUCGAACUCUGAGACUACGAUGUUCUACGCCUAUUGA